GAGGGGGAAGCACCGUCAGAGUUGUCUAAAAUGGCGGGUGUGCUGUUCGAGGAUAUUUUCAACGUGAAAGACAUCGAUCCGGAGGGCAAGAAAUUCGACAGGGUGAGCAGGCUCCAUUGCGAGUCCGAGUCCUUCAAGAUGGACUUGAUACUGGACAUCAACAGCUGGCUCUACCCUAUGGAAUUGGGUGAUAAAUUUCGUCUGGUUCUCUCGACGACCUUGAGGGAAGAUGGCUACCCGGAUGGAGGGGAGUGGAAUGCGACGGAACAGGAAGGCGGUUCCAGGGCGGACAGUUUCGAGUACGUGAUGUCCGGCAAGGUUUACCGUAUCGAGGGCGAUGAGGCAAGCAACGAGCCCAGCAGCCGACUAUCUGCCUACGUAUCGUUCGGAGGACUGUUGAUGAGGUUACAGGGUGAUGCAAACAACCUACACGGUUUCGAGAUCGAUCAACAUAUGUAUCUGCUUAUGAAGAAACUGGCGUUCUAAAUGGCGUCACGCCGCACGUUCGCAACAUGACUUAGGAAAUUCCUAUUUUAAACAGCAUUUUUUUCGUUGUUAUUUUAAGCACAAGUCGUAGAUGUUAAAAAUUAUCGUGGAAUAUAUGAUUAUGACUGAACGUUCGAGAGAAGCUAUUGUAAUAAUU